AUGGAUGGCAUACCAUAUGCUAACUGUGUAGGCUGCUUGAUGUAUGCCAUGGUAUGCACAAGGCCUGACUUGGCCUAUGCCAUGAGCAUAGUAAGUCGAUUUGUUGCUGACCCUGGAAACCUGCACUGGGAUGCAGUAAAAUGGGUUAUGAGGUAUGUUAAAGGAUCUCUGAACAUGGGUUUGAUCUACAAAACUACAGAGAAAAGUGAAUGUGAGGUUGAAGGAUUUGUCGAUUCUGAUUAUGCGGGAUGCAUUGACACAAGGAGAUCACUGACAGGUUAUAUCUCCACAGCUUUAGGUGGAUGUAUCAGCUGGAAGUCAAACCUGCAGAAAGUUGUAGCUCUGUCAUCCACAGAGGCAGAGUACAUGGUUGCAACUGAGGCAAUAAAAGAGGCACUGUGGCUAAAAGGUCUCUCAAAAGAACUCGGGUUCAACUCUGAGGACAUGACUGUCCAUUGUGACAACCAAAGUGCUUUGCACUUAAUGAAAAAUCCUAUGUUCCAUGAUAGAUCAAAGCAUAUCGACAUCAAACUUCACUUUAUCAGAGAGAUCAUUGCCAAUGGAGAGGUUCAAGUGAAGAAAAUCUGCACUGACCACAACCCUGCAGACAUUUUUACAAAAUGUGUCACUCAAACCAAGUUUAGACACUGUCUGAACUUGGUCAACAUCAAGGAAAUUGAAUGA